AUGGUGCCACAAGGGAACGGAGCUCAUUCGGGCAGGGGAUGUUCGGCCACCUCUGGCCUUGGCCUGAGGCAGCUGAGUCUUGAUCCAGGGUCUGCUGCCCCGGGCCUCCCUCCACGCCCGAAAUCAGCCCCCCGCCCCGCUUCCCCUCCCCCGCCCCCUCACAAGGGCCGCCGGAGAGCGGCUCCCACGCACAACGGGGAGAAAUGGGGCCCAAACUCGGCCCUCGGCGCCCACACCAGGCCAGGACCGGGGAACCCAGGCGGCAGCGCGGGAGCCGCGCGGCUGAAAUCAGGACUCGCAGCCGCCCGCGCCCGCGCAGACACAGGGGCGCGCACCCCGGGCCCGCGCACACUCACCGGUCCGCGCACACUCACCCGGCCGCACCACCGCCCCCCGGGGACGCGGAAGGUCGGGGGCGCCGCCGCCCCACCGCGCCGCAGCCUCCGGGCACCGCCGCCCGCGCCCCGCCUGCCGCCCGCGCCGCCCUCCCGAGUCCCGCCCCCGGGCCGGGCCGGCCCCGCGCGGUCACCCCACCGGGAGGAGCCGCCCGCCGUGCUCGCCUCCGGGCCCAGAGGGAAGCCGGUUCGCGUCGGAGCCCAGCUGGGAGCUACCUUUCAUCAGCCCGGCUCCCUCCCGGGACGCGGGGAAGCGCCUCCGCGCUCGCCGACCACGAUUUUCCAGGCAAGAAUACUGGAGUGGGUUGCUACUUCCUCCUCCAGGGGAUCUUCCCCACCCAGGGAUCGAACCCAUGACUCUUGCGUCUCCUGCAUUGGCAGGCAGAUCCUUUACCACUGCGCCACCUGGGAAGUCCAAAAUCCAAUGAAAUCCAGUGAAAGGCGAGAGUUACAGGCCCGUGUCUUAAGGCCAGCUGCCAACUAUCUGGCAACGUUGGUGAAGCAAGAAGGAAAGAACUUCUUCUCAGCCUGGCAGAAUUUUCACAUGUGGCAGCAGACAGGACGGGAGCGCACCUCAGAGCCAUGGGAUGAGGAUCAUGGAAACCAUGUACUAAAAUGAUAGAGCCACGAAGUGGACGUAAUCUGAAUCAGUAUGUCAUCAUAUGGAGGACAGCUGCCUGGUCCCCGAACCUGUGUCAAACAUUAUAAAAAAUAAAAAUAAAUCUUUU